CAGCCGUUCUAUGAGCUGGUAACACUGCAAAAAAGACGAAGCCUCGCUGAAUAUUUUUGCCGACAAUAAAGGCAGAAAACCAACUGAGUAGCGAAACAAGAAGACUUUCAACAGCAUUUAAUAAGCCAUAAGUAUAAUCCGCCAUGGCUCUUGUGAAACCAAAAUCGGAACUAACCCCGGAGGAGCUGGCACGCCAGGAGGAGGAGGAGUUCAACACCGGGCCGCUGUCCGUGCUCACGCAGUCCGUGAAGAACAACACCCAGGUGCUCAUCAACUGCCGCAACAACAAGAAGCUGCUGGGCAGGGUGAAGGCCUUCGAUCGGCACUGCAACAUGGUACUGGAAAACGUGAAGGAGAUGUGGACGGAGCUGCCGCGGACCGGCAAGGGCAAGAAGAAGGUGAAACCCGUGAACAAGGAUCGGUUUAUAUCGAAGAUGUUCCUGCGAGGCGAUUCCGUCAUCCUGGUCCUUAGGAAUCCCCUGGCCACGGCGGCCGGCAAGUAGUCUACCAUAGCGAUAGCGCACAGCAACCAAUAUCCACCAACUUCACUUAAUAAAUCCGUAAAUCAAAUCCCUUUA